AUGGGUUCGCACAAUGGCCAAAAUCAUUACCCCCAACUUCAUUUUGAGCUUUCAGCAAUGGAGGCUCACUCUUUAGAAGCACUCCCCGCCACCACCUUUGCUUUUGGUCGGGAAAUGCAUAAUGAGGAUCAGGCUUAUGGUGUUCAACUGAGAGAUUUCCUAAUCGAUCGUGGUUAUCGAACUUCUCCCGUCCCUUACAAAUUCCGAAAACAAGUGAAGCAUGACAAAUUUGGGGUGUUCAUCCAUUCCAUGAACAACCAAGCUGAAAGAAAGCAAUUGCCCAAAGGCUGGAAAGCCUUCUCCUUCACUAAAGCCGUAGAAUACGUCAGAAAGGCAGAAUUCCAGGCUGCUAUCCUUCAUUGGCAAGGUUUAGAUAAUGAUGGCAAAUUACCCUACGAUCAAAGAAAGUUUGUGGCUAUGACCACUGGAGAAAGAGGCAUGGAAAUGGCUAUACGGGCUUUUGGACAAGACUCUAGAAUGGUGCAAAAUCACUUCAACAACAUGGGUGAUCAUAUGACGGAUGCCAGUCACGAAGAUAUAUACAUGCUUUCCCCCGACAUAUCUUCAAUCAACCGACCGGAAAAUCGAAUUCUAGCUUAUGCUAUCGACCGAAAUAAGCCUGAUACAGACGAUGAUGAAGAGGAGGAAGAAUGGGGUGGAAUUUCCCCUCUGAAUGUUGGAAGUCCUGCUUCAAAGGUCGAAGAGGAGGAAGUAAACGAGGACAGCCAAGCAGGAGAAGAAGAGGGCGAUGUACAUGUGGAAGAACAUCAUCAAGAGAGACCUGGGGUGGUGAAAGGGGAGGAUCUCGUCUAUAUCGAAGAGCAAGUGGAAUUUUUUGCUGAAGAUGAUGAGUCUGAGGAUGACACCGACCAAUCUACUCAUGAAGGGGGCUCUUGGGCGGAUGACGAAGUGGACUCAGAAGAGGACGAAGACGAUUGGAAAUUCGAGGAUCGAACAUCUCAGGACGAUGGCCCUGGAGCUGGCCAUGGAAUUGAGGAGAAACAGGAUGAAGCUGAAGAGGAGGAUCCUGUGGAAGUGGACAGAGAAGAGGACGAAGAAGAGGAAGACUAUUAUAAUGGUGAAGAAUACUAUAUAGAUGGCGAAGAAGAUGAUAAUGGCGAAGAAAAACUUUAUCUGAACGAUCAAGAAGAUGAUUGGUACCGUGAAGAACAAUAUAUGGACGAUCAAGGAAUCAACAACCAAGGUCUGUUGCAAGUUGAAGAGGCGAUUUUAGGAUGGAAUGAAGGUGUCGAAGUUCAACAUGUUCAUCCUGGUAUCCCCCAUGCUCGAAAGCGAUCUCCUUCUCCGACCGAUAUCAAGAAUAAAAGAGAUAGAAGUCCCGUUAGAAAGAGAAUGAGGAUCAGAUCCCCUUCUCCGUAG